AUGAGCAGCGGUUCUUUGGGCAACCUGUUGGCUCGAAAGCCGAGCAAUAGAAGCAUGCGAAGAUCGAAGACUUUCACACUAGAGCCGCUUGUGGAUGUGCCCUCUCCCGCCACAGCGGCAUUGGGAAUCGGGUUAAGUCGGUCCUCGACGCUCAAGCCCUUGGUUCCACUCAAACCAUUGGCAUCACUCAAGCCUUUGACACCACUCAAGCCUUUGACACCACUCAAGCCGUUGACACCACUCAAGCCCCUGGUACAGUUGAAACCAUUGCAGCCUUUAGUAGCAUUGCGUCCUUGUUCUGCAAGCUCUGCAUUAGAGGAGCUAAUGAGGGAUACCUCACGGAAACGACUGAAGCAAUCCGUUGGAGACACGCCAAGUAGAUCUCCCGCCAUGAUUAGCUUUAGCAAGAAGAGCACAUCCAAACCCAAGUUUGACAUGACAGAACUAUUCCAAGCCACAGAAUCUGGUCCAUCCAAUAGCUUUGCAUUCCCAAGCUUGGCAUGGCCUGGUCUAGACGAUGACAAAGAAGGGGACACGGAUAAGAAGGGAGGGCAGGAUGAUCCCGCCACUCAGCGAAAACCAAGCGUAUUAUUUGGACAACAACAAGAUACCACCCCUUGUAUGUCUCGCUGUUCUUCCAGAGAUUCGAAUGCAAGGCGAUCUAUAUCCGCCUCUUGCUUACUGGGGAAGCGAAGUCGUAGUGGUGGCAUGCUACGAUCCAAGACUAUGCGGCAUGAAGUAGACCGGUUGGUGAACCACUUUGCUUCGAAUGAGCACUGUGACCUCAUGCCGCUAUUCAGCCUGGGGAGUACCAAGGCUUGA